CCGCGACUCGUGCGGCCGUGUGCGUGCGUGCGUUGCCCUUGCUGCGGGUGCAGAACUCCAUCUGCUCCGGCGGCGGCGGCGGCGGCGGCGGCGAGGCGAGGAGAGAGAGGAUGGGGCGGCGGAUCCUGAACGACGCGCUGCGGACGAUGGUGAACGCGGAGCGGAGGGGGAAGGCGACGGCGCUGCUGCAGCCCAUCUCCGGCGUCAUGGUCUCCUUCCUCAACAUCAUGAAGCACCGAGGGUACAUUAAAAAGUUUGAGGUCAUCGAUCCCCAUAGAGUUGGAAAAAUCAAUGUAGAGCUUCAUGGAAGGAUUAAAGAUUGUAAGGCUCUUACUUAUAGGCAGGAUAUUAGAGCCAAGGAAAUAGAACAAUACAGAGUUCGGAUGCUUCCAACACGGCAGUGGGGCUAUGUCGUGAUCACAACUCCAAAUGGUGUACUGGAUCAUGAGGAAGCAAUUAAGCAGAAUGUGGGCGGGCAAGUGCUUGGUUAUUUUCAUUGAGAAGUAACAUUGUUUUCCUGUCUUGUUAUGUCUGGCCUUGUUCUCCUGUGUGUUAUCACUGAACUCUUUUUUUUUUUUUUGUACUUUUGAGUGUUGUUGCUUUUGUUCAUGGCCAACAGGAAAUGCAAUAACGCAUAAAAGAUACAGCUCAGAGCACUAGAAAAUGCCAAUUGUUAAAGAAAAAGAUUGUAAUCCUUCGUUGGACUGUUCUUUCUGUAGACUAUUGCAUCUUGAUUUUGGAGUUACUCCUACAUAGCUAUCCUCUCGACCGGAGAAGAUAUGGUCCAGAGUAUGACAGUUUGUAUCUGAUACACAAGCUUCUCUGAAA